GAACUCGUACUGACAAUUCUGAGAAAGGAGCGGAUGCAUAUUUUCGCUCUAAAAAACCACGAGUGGCACCACCAAAUGGGAGUGAUAAAAAGGCACCUUUUACUGGCUCUGAAAUCUUCAGAACCAUGAUUUUAUAUUUUCACGAUUCCAGGAUGAACCUGGUCGAAUCUCGUCAUUGA